AUGACGAAGGAGCGUAGCAGCAGUAACACUCGACGACCUAUUGACACCUCUCUAUCGAAUUCUUUUUCCUCAGGCGUUUCAUCACUGUCCUCGUCGAACUACGGUGUGAGAACCGUGAGGGUUUUCAAAAAUGGGGACCCAUAUCAUCAAGGCACGAAGUUCGUUGUGAAUCGCCGCUAUGUGCACGAUUUGGAUCACAUGCUGAACCUAUUGAGUGAAAAAAUUGACUUACCAUACGGCGCAAAACGACUUUUCACCACUAACGGCAAACUGGUUCGGCACUUAAACGACAUCGAGGACAAACAAACCAGCGCGUCGACCACAUCGGAAAAGAACCGCGAAACCUGGCUUGUACCAAAUCUGGCAAGUGAACGCCCUGUCAAGACAGACCGCUUGACGGGAAAUCCUGAAAGAAAAAGGUUUUGCCCCUAA